AUGCAAUCUAUAGGGGGCAAUAUAGACAGUAAUGUCAACAAGAACAACGAUGCAUACCGGGAUAUGGUCAUGAGAAUAGUUCAGGAAAAGAUGGCAUUUGAAAAGGAAUUCAGAAGCUUGCAAACCGGGAAAGAAACAAAAGAGAUUUUUAAGACUGAAAAUUUAAUUUGGAAUGUGUCAGAAGAGAGAUUAUACAAUUUAUUGAGAAUAAAUGAGAAUAUCAAAAAUUGUUUGCAUAAUAUUUUGGAACUGAAACAUAGAGCUGUUUUACCCUCAAUAUCUAGUGUAUCCGUACAGCGUCCCAUCACGCCGACAACUUUCCCACAGAUGUAUCCUCCUCAGGUAAACCUAGGUACAGGGGUUAUGAUGCAACCACCUCCACAAUCAGCAAUGGUACCAUCUCCACAUCAACUGCCACUAGCACAACCUCCAAUGACACAGGCUCCUCCACAAUUGGCUUCACAUAUACCUAUCAUGGCACAAUCUGCAUUGGCACCGGGUCUGAUGACAGGAUUGCCUCCCGGUCCAAAUGUGCCUAUAAUUGCUAGCCAAAAUGUUGAUGAUAGCAGAGUGUCACGAUAUAAGGACACAAUAAUAGUGGAACCUAAAGUUAAGGAUCCAAUGAAAAUACCCAGUGUAGUAUCACAUAGAAAUAGAAUAGAAUCUAAGAUAGAUUGUAAUUUCAUUCAUGAUGACGAUAUUCUCAUAGAGAUGGAAAAGAAGGGAAAAGUUGGAAAUAAGAGGAGAAAGAAGAAAGAUGUUAAGAUAACACAGGAUGAAAAUGGAGAGAUUAAACGAUGUAAACAUUGUCUUGAUGAUGAUACACCGGAGUGGAGACAUGGACCUUAUGGGGAAAGAAGUGUUUGUAAUGCAUGUGGUUUGUUUCAUAGAAAAUUGGUACACAAAUUUGGAUACAAAUAUUCGAAUCUUUUAAUGAGAUAUCGUAGACGAUUGAAUCCAUUGAAUAGGAAAGUACCAAAUUUCAUUGAAAUUCCCGUCGAAUUUUUUAAUAGGUUACAAAAUGAUACUUUAUUGAAUACGGAGUUUUAUUCAUUAUAG